GACUAUCUUCAGUAUUAUUCAAAGAGAUGAAUAGGAGGGUUUAUAAACAUUUUAAUUUAAUUUAAAACAAUGGGGGACAUUUCUCAAGAAAUAUCAAAAUUGGAGUUAAGAGAAAACUUAUUUUGUGAAAUAAAGUUUUUUGUCAGUGGAGAAGUUGAUGAAAAGAUCAUUGAAUUAUUAAAAGCUGGGGGUGCAGAACGGUUAAAUUAUUUCUCUGAUUAUAUCACACAUUUGAUUGUAGGAGAAAAUCCAGAAGAAAAUGAUAUUGUGGAUGCAAAUGAUUUAUAUGAAAUACCAGCUUUGACUCCAAAAUGGGUUUUAAUGUGUGUAUCCCUUCACAAGCUUGUCAACAUAAGGCCCUAUUUGUUUGCUGCAAAUGGCAAACUAUUCUCAGAUUUUACAUUUUGUCUUUCACAAAUUAGAGAAGACAGAAAUUUCCUAUGGUCUUUGAUUACCUAUCAUGGAGGAAAAGUUCAAUUAAACUUUAAUAAAAACUGUCAAUUUCUUAUAGCUAUUGAAGCAAAGGGACCUAAAGUUGAAAAGGCUGAAGAGUUAGGACCUAAUUUAGUAAAAAUUGUUACACCAGAUUGGGUAGUAGAAGCUGUCAAGAACAAUUCAUUUCCAGAUACUUCAUUAUUUCAUCCAAAAUUGAUCAACUGGCCUAAACCAAUUGAAUAUGCAAGUACCGCUGCUAUUACAGGAUUUGAGCCAGAGCGGCCCUCAGAGGAAGAGAAAAGUGAAGAAAAUAUUAUUCCAGAUUCUACACAAGCUUUGCUGGACAAGCUCAAGCAAAGGAUGCCAUGGAAUCAACCCAAGGUACCAACCUCAAGCCCAAUGACUUCAAGUUCAGAUCCCAUAGCGCCUCCCAAUGUGGUUGCACCAAGUUUCAUGCAAAAAACGCAACAGAUACAACAACAAAAUCAGUCUCAAAAAAUGCAGCCACCAGGUGUACCAACUUCCCAACAACAACCUCAACUACAGCAGCAACAAACCCAAAAUACACCCCAAUCUCCUGUUAAUUCCAAUUUCCCUCAAAUUCCACAAUCACCAACUUCCCUGAGCAGCCAAGUUCCAAAGAGUAUAAUACAUCAUACACCUAAUCAACAACAGCAAAGUUUUCAGCAGCCACAACAGCAAAUAUCACAGCAAACUCAGCUCCAGCAGCAGCAACAACAGCCACAACAUCCCUUAAACAUUAAUAGAUUGAUUGGACAACCCCAAGCAAGAACUAACUUACAGUUAAGAGGUCAGUUGGGACAAAACCAGUUGCAUCAGCAGCUAUUACAGCAGCAACAACAACAGCAACAACAGCAGCAGCAGAAUCAAGGUAUUCAGCAGCGGGGAAGUGCUCCUCAAGUUUCAACACCACAACAUAUCCUCCAACACCAACUUGCUCAAAGACAGUUAGCACAGAGACAAUUGUUGCAGAAUCAGCUAAACCAAAAUCAGUUGUUACAGCAACAAAUAAAUACAGGCCAACAACAAAUUAUCCAAAAUCAACAACAAAUAACAACUUCUCAGCACAUAAGUCAGUUAACAUCCCAGCAGCUUGCACAAUUACAGCAACAGCAACUACAACUUAAACAGAACAAGCAGAUGCAAAUGACUCAAAAUCAGCAAUUGAUAAAUCAGAAUAUUCAGCAACUUAACCAGUUGAAUCAAGGACAGCAGCAAUUGCAGAUAAAUCAAAAUCAACAGAUUCAGCUCAAUCAGAAUCAGCAACAAAUUCAAUUAAACCAAAGCCCACAGCAAAUUCAGUUGAAUCAAAGCCCACAACAAAUCCAAUUGAACCAAAGUCCACAGCAAAUUCAGUUGAACCAAAGUCCCCAACAAAUUCAAUUGAGCCAAAGCCCACAGCAAAUUCAAUUGAACCAAAGCCCACAGCAAAUUCAGUUGAAUCAAAAUCAACAGCAGAUUCAGCUCAAUCAAAAUCAACUUCAGUUAAAUCAAAAUCAACAAUUACAACUUAAUCAGAAUCAACAACAGAUACAAUUGAAUCAAAAUCAACAGCAGAUACAAUUAAACCAAAAUCAACAGCAGAUUCAAUUAAAUCAGAAUCAACAAAUACAGUUGCCUCAACUUCAGUUGGGCCAAAGUCAACAGAUUCAAUUGAAUCAAAAUCAGCAAAUUCAAAUUAAUCAAAACCAACCUCAGUUGCAACUUACUCAAAAUCUACAACAAAUCACGGUUAAUCAGGGCCAGCAAGUUCAGAAUCAACAAAUUUUGCAAAAUCAAGUAAUUCAACCCCAACAAAAUCAGAUUAUCCAACAACAAAAUCCUCAACAAAUCCAGAUGAGUCAGGCACAGAACUUCGUGCAACAGAGUGUCAAUCAGCAUAUAAUUUCUCAGCAAAAUCAGCAAAUUUUACAACAGAAACAAUUCUUAUUAAAUCCACAUCAAGCUGUAACUAGCCAGCAACAAUUUGUUACAACGACUUUUAAUCAGAACCAAGACUUAAACCAGCAAACCAUUAAUCAGCAGCCAACUCUUAAUAUUCAAUCCCUGAAUCAACAGUUAAGCACACACAAUUUGGGACAACAACUGAAUCAACAACAGUUGACACAACAAUUGACACAGCAAACCUCAAUUGCCCAACAGAUAAAUACACAAAAUCAACCCAAUCAACUAGUGCAACAAAUUAAUCAGCAGGAUCAAUUAGAACAAAGAAUAUCUCAACAAAAUCAGCUCAAUCAAUUAACACAAAAUAGACUUGGGCAACAAAGUCAACUUAACCAACAAAUCAAUCAACAAUCUCCACAAAACCAAAUCUCUCAACAGAACCAACUGGCACAGCAACAGUUAAAUCAACAGAAUCAGUUGGCACAGCAACAAAUUGGACAACCAAGUGCAUUAAAUCAGACAACUUUAGAGCAAGAAUUGGGCAAUUUAAAUCAACAACUGAAUCAGGGCUUGAAUCAUCAAAUUCAGCAACAACAACAGCAGCAACAGCUAAGCAGACAAACUCUUCAGCAGCAGCAGAUUGGCCAGCAACAGGGUCUAGGACAACAAAAUAUACAACAGACAAAUAUGCAGCAGCAGUUAAAUCAGAAUAUCCAGAUAAACCAGCAAGUGAAUCCUGGCAUGCAGCAAGUUGUCAGAACACAGUUUCAACAACAGCCAAAUAUUACCCAACAGAUUCUUAUUAACCAAUCUGCUCCUCAAACCCCGACUCCUCAACGUCAACACAUUUGGACUCAACAGCCAACUCAGAUAGCUGGACAACAGAUAAUACGACAUCCUGUUAAUGUUAUUCAGCAGCCUGGGGGUCCUAGAGUCCAGUGGUCACCAACUGCUCAACAAGGAAACGCUGUUCCACAAAGACAAUUCAUUCAGCUGGACGCUAGAACACAUCAAGAGUUACAAAAGAUGCCACCAGAGCAACAAGCCAUUUUUGUUGCUAAGAUACAAAGACACAGGCAGUUUAUUAAGCAGGUGCAACAAAGAGGCAGUCAUAUUUUGAUAAGAGGCAAUGUUCCACCGGGCUUGACAACACAGCAACAAGUUCAGUGGCUGCAGCAACAAGCCAAACAACAAGGAAUAGUUUUGCCGCCAAAUAUACAACAAAAUAUAACCCCAGGGACACUGACACAACCUACUUUGGCUCAAAAUAUGCAGCAUGCACCUGGACUGAGUCCUAUCAAUCAAAACAACACUCAGUUCACUGACCAGAACCAGCAGCAGCAGAUUCAGCUGAGACAGUUCCGGCUUCAACAACUGCAACUGCAGAGGGAACAAGCACAGAAAAACCAUUUGGCCCAACAAGGUGCAAUUACUCCGGCUGCAGUAAUCCGUCCAAUCGGACAACCUCAGUUGGCAGAUUCGACCACCAAUUUACCCCAUGUUCAAGAAGCCAAUAUUCCAAGCCCCUUGGUCGUCAAUGCCAAGACUAAAACUGCCCUAGCUAAUAUGUUAAGCAUAAAGUUACAGAGCGGAGGCUCUUCAGUUGGUGUUCAGAGACCGGAAGCCAUCCAAGAACCGUCUGCUGCUGGAACUUUAAGGUUGAUGACGGCGCAACACAAUGCUGCACUGAAUUCGAAACCCCAAGAAAUUAUAGCUCUGCAAAGGAGGACCAUCAACGGUCCAAGCGGUGAAAUUAUAAAGCCACCUGGUGCUCAACCACAUCCUCCUACACCUACGACCGAACCGCCAAAGCUACAGUAUGGUACAAAGACUACACAACCUGUACAACAUCGACCAGGGCCAUUCUAUGGUCAUAAUCCAAAUCUUAAAUUGCCUCCUGAUUUAUUUUUAUUGGGAUGUGUAUUUGUUGUGGUAGAAUUAGAAGAUUUUCUUGAAGAAAAAAUACCUGGAUGGCAACAAAAGAUUGCAAAACAUGGUGGUGAGGUAGAAAAGCAAUACUGCAGCAGAGUGACACACGUUCUCUGUGAGACCCAGCGUCACGGUGUAGUAAUGCAAGCAUUAAGAGAUUGUAAAAGGUGCGUUACUAUACUUUGGUUAUCCGACGUGAUGCAAAGAAAACAAGUAUUACCACCUUGGACUGCUCUACAUCUUCCAAAUAUAUACUUAGACACUACACCAGCAGCAAAACACUUGAUUUCUGUCAGCGGAUUCGAAGGGAACGAUAGAGCAAGAGUCAAGCAGAUGGUUAAAUAUACAGGAGCAAAGUGCACAACAUAUUUCUCGAAACAUAACACAUUGUUGAUAUCUGCCAAGGCUGAUGGUAAAAAAUGUUCCUAUGCAAAGAAGUGGCAAAUUCCGGUAGUUAAUCUACAGUGGUUAACCGAUAUCAUGUUGGGACACUUUACAGCACUGAAUCAACUGGAGCACCAAAUAUAUCAACAGUUUCCUAACCCACCAAAUUUCAGUUUCGAUCCCAAACUCGUACCUAAUUUAAUGGUGGCAUGGAAGGCUCCGAUUAACAUUUCCCAAGAAUCUUAUGAACGUGUAAAAAGAAGUGCCUCCCCCACGGUUACACCUAAGAAACCAAAGAAGCCUAAGAUUGAACCGACAGACGAAAACGAUAAUAUUAGCGAUGAAAUAAUGGCCAAUUGCUCGUAUAAAAUACUCUUUUCGUUGGUGGGCAACCUUAACAAAAUGAAACAAAUGGUCAAAGAAUUGGGUGGAUGUGUAGCCAAAGACCACCACGACUUCACACACUUAGUAAUGCCGCAACUUGCCCGUACUAACAAACUCUUCUUCGCCAUCUCCAAGGAAGCAUAUGUGGUGUCGGAACAUUGGGUGAGGGAAUCCCACGAAUCGAAUCAAUUUCUACCAGAAAAUAAGUACGCUCUCCAUUCCAAAGACUUCAACUUCGAAUACAAAUGUGAUAUAGACCAAACGUUUCAAACCCGUAACAGGAACAGGUUGUUCGAAGGGAAGUUCUUCUUCGUAACUCCAAGUGUGUUUCCAAGUAGGCAAGUUGUUGUGGAGCUUAUACAGAAUUGUGGAGGAAUCGUGGAGAAACAUAGGCGCAGUUCUUCGCAAGUCGAGGCAACUACACUCAACUCCCCUUAUAGUUACUUUAUUAUAACACACGAAGAUGAUCUUCAUCUCGUUGCUGACUUGCUGCGAAAUAAAAAGGAUAAACUGAAAGUAGUUUGUAAUGUAGAACUAAUUUUUAGCGCUAUCUUAAAACAAACGUUUGAAGUUGAACCUUACGCUGUAUGUGUGUUAUGAUUUUCUGAUGAUUCUAGUAAUGAAGACGAUUUGGAUUACUGAAUAUGCCAAUAUUGUCCAUAUUUUUAUUGCUUACAUGUAUCAGUGGAUGAAAUUGGGCCAAAUUUUCAAAUUUUUUUGACACGUUAAGUGCUGACAACUAACGAUUAUUCCAAAACUAAAGAGAUUAUAUUUUAAAUAUAUUGCCUGGCAACUUGCUUGUGGUUGGUUGUAACACUACCAGUUUUAUCCAAGAGAAAUUCGGGUAACGAAAACUCAAUUGUCAUUUGUAAUUCAGGUUGUACUUUUUAUUUGGUAUAAGUACUGGCAGUACUUUUUCGUAGACAUGUAUAGAAUAAUUUAUUGGUGAAUUUUUUAUUGCAAAAAUACCACCACUGAAUUAGAGUAUUCUCAGUAUAAAAGUUUAUUUAUUAAUAACGAAGUAAGAAAAUCUUACUGGAGAUAGUGCUUCUAUCGUUCGCUGCUCUUACGUACAAAAACUCAAUACUGCCUCUUCUUAGUCUGAGGAAUGGUAAUAUGCCCAUCUUUUACAUUAUUACCUAUGCUUUUUUGCUUUAAAACGUAUGGUGUUUACAGUACAUCGUAGGCACUGUCUAUGAGUUUCUAGACACCAGUGCCCACUGACGCCCCUGUCGUCAGGAUUGAAAUAUCAAUAAAAUCGUCCUAACUAUGUUUAUUACAUGUAAAAAUGACAUGUAUUAUAUUGUAAAAAUCAUAAAAAAGUUUACUUACAAGUGAUC